GGGAAAAUGAAAAAUGUUGCUACACAAUUCGGGCUGGCCUUAAAAGGGCAACGUUUGUACUUCUAGAAGAACCUGUGAUUGAUGAAAUAGUGAUUGAAGAAUAUGAUGAUGAAAGAAGAAACCGAUUAGUAGAUAUCAGAAAUGAACACAACGAAGAACACAUACCUGAUAUUCAAAUAGUGAAUGAAGAUCUGAAAGGUUACAGGCACAAAUUUGAUUGUAUUGAUAAAACCAUUAAAGUAAAUGAUAAUGAAGACUCAAAAUGCGAAAUUAAUAAAAAGUACUGCAAUGUACCUGAUGAUGAAAAAAGAGCGAUUGUUGGGAUAGACAACCAUCAGUGGGAUGAAUUGAAGAUUGAGAUCGAUCAAAUGUUGCUAACCUUGAGGAAUAAUAUUGACAGUGGAAGUAGCACUGUAAAGGAUAAAUAUAAAGCACCUAUUAGUUAUCAAAUGCUUAUGUGUGGCAUAUAG